AUGACGGAAUGUCAGAAUUUUCCACCCGCGGAUGUAGCCGCAAUUACAAAUUUCAACAACACGGAAGGACUUUAUAACAAAUUUCUAGGCAAACUAAAAGUUACAGACUCCGACUGGAAGCUAGUAAAUUUUCUUAAUCUAGAAUAUUAUACAACAAGAUACCUGGCGUUAUCCAGAUUUUAUAAUACUACAUCUCAACUCUGUAGUGAAAUACGAAACAAUGAUCAGUCUAAAAGUAGAACCCGUCGUGGACUUAGCAACGCCGUUAGUAGGGUGGCCAACGUACUUAUCGGUUAUGCUGAGAACAUUGAUUUCGGAUUUAUCUUCAACAAAAUAACUCAAUUAGUGAAAAGUAAAGUAAAAGAUAUCAAUUUAACAUCGGAACAAACUCGAAUCAUUGAAUUAACAACCAAUGAACAUAAUUAUACAUUAAACCAGAUAUUAACAAACCAGCAAAAACUUGAACAAAACAUUCAGCUACUAAGCGAACAAGCUAAGAAAAACGCAAAGGACAUUGAUCAAAUAAAGAUCAGAACAACGCUAUUAGAACAGACUCUCUUCUUCGAAGUCCUACUGAAUCAAUACGCAUAUGAGACACAAAAUCUUUUGGCAAUAAUUGAUUCUGCCUUAGAUGGCAAAUUACACACCAGUUUAUUGCACACCCAGCGUUGGUUAGCAAAUCUUCGAGAAAUUAAGGCAAACAUCCCAAUAGGGACGACUUUCCCACUUGAGAUUAAAACAGAAUCUAUUGCUGAUUUCAUAAAAAUUUCUGAAAUAACAGUUUGUCAUAAAGGUCAAUACUUUAUAUUUGUAACAAAAAUCCCACUAGUACAAACCAUUGAUUUCAAUGCCUAUAAAGUAAUUCCGUUACCUAUUAUAUACGACAGCCAGAGCUUUAUCUUAAUUGACCCUAGUAUGGAGAUCAUAGCAACCAGUUAUGAUACGCAAAAGUUUUUCACGUUGACAAAUAAGCAAUGGGAAAUGUACAGGGAGGUACAAUCAUACACACUUUGUAAAAAUAGUUAA